AUGGAGUUACCCGAAGAAAAGAAGAAGCCAAAGCUGAUCGGCGAGUACUUCAAGACCGACAACCUGGCCGGUCCACCGAUGGUUCGCAUUUACGUUGGAUCGCAAAGGCGUCUGUGGGUUCUUCCAGAAGAAGCUCUCUGCGACCGAGUCAAAUUUUUCAAGUCAACAUUCCAAGGCGGUUUCCGAGAGGGUAACGAGAAGGUUUUAGAGCUUCCGGAGGAUGAUCCAGUCGCAUUUGGGUACAGUCUCAAUCACAUCCUUCAAGGAUGGGCAAGAGCAGACGAUAUCAACAAGCUAGGAGACCCGGAAGCUGUCAGUAUGGCAUGGUGUCGAACCUGGGUUCUCGCAGACAAGCUGGGCUGUCCAAAUCUUUCGAGGCAUGUCAAAACCAACUACUUUGAUCACUUGUCAAAUCUUUCUCUGGGCAAGAAAAUGAUCCCACCUGCCGCAGCACAAUACCUUUACGAAAACACCUCGGAGCCCUGUGAAUUGCGAGAGACACUUGUGAGGGUAGCCGUGGACACAUAUGAGGCGUUUGAUUGUUGUUGCGAAGACCGUAUGAGGCAGUGGUCGGAAUCUGCCGCAUCCCAUCCUAAAUAUCUCUCAGACAUCAUGGCAUUGCUCAAGAGCAGGCUCCUCAAGAAUCCACCAACCAAGGAUGUUUGCGAGAAGCAUCGGAAGUGA